ACCGGAAGUUCUUACUGGGCGGAUUCACCGGUGUUCACUUCCUUGUUGUAGGAAGCUAGCAGAGCUGCAGGAUGAAAAUACUCACUAUAUUUACCUUAUUGUCCGCUUAUUCAUUAGCGGACAGCAGCAAAAUCCAUGAUCAAGCGGCGCAGUUUUUCAGCAGUGGUCACACGAACAACUGGGCUGUUCUGGUGUGCACAUCCAGAUUCUGGUUCAACUACCGACAUGUGGCCAAUACUCUGUCAGUCUACAGGAGUGUGAAGAGGCUGGGCAUCCCUGACAGCCACAUAGUUCUCAUGCUGGCUGAUGACAUGGCUUGUAACCAUCGAAACCCCAAACCUGCCACAGUGUUCAGCCACAAGAACAUGGAGCUGAAUGUGUACGGUGACGACGUGGAGGUGGACUACAGAGGAUACGAGGUGACAGUGGAGAACUUCCUGCGUGUUUUGACUGGAAGACUCCCGCCCAGCACUCCGCGCUCCAAACGCCUCCUCUCUGAUGACCGGAGCAACAUCCUCAUCUACCUGACAGGCCAUGGUGGGAACGGCUUUCUGAAGUUCCAGGACUCAGAGGAGAUCAGUAAUGUGGAGCUGGCUGAUGCUUUUGAGCAGAUGUGGCAGAAAAGAAGGUACAACGAGCUGCUCUUCAUCAUUGACACCUGUCAGGGAGCCUCCAUGUACGAGAGGUUCUACUCUCCAAACCUCAUGGCUUUGGCGAGCAGUCAAGUCGGAGAGGACUCCUUGUCGCAUCAGCCAGAUUUGGCGAUAGGUGUCCAUUUGAUGGAUCGUUACACAUUCUACCUACUGGAGUUUCUGGAGGACAUCCACCCCGCAAGCAAAGCCAACAUGAAUGACCUGUUCAAAGUGUGUCCCAAGAGUCAGUGUGUGUCCACUCCGGGCCACCGUACUGACCUUUUUCUGAGGGAUCCAGGAAGCGUCCUCAUCACAGAUUUCUUUGGAAGUGUUCGCAAAGUUGAGAUCACGAUGGAAACCAUCAACCUGACGGAGCCCAUCAAGCAGGCAGAGCAGAGUCCUGGGAACGGAGAGCUGGAAAAAGAGACGUACUGGUAUGUGGAUCAGCUGCCAGUGUCUGAGAUCAUCCAUCAGAAACCAAAGCAGAGAGACUGGCAUCCUCCUGAUGGCUUCAUCCUGGGCCUGUGGACUCUAAUCCUCAUGGUGUUUUUCCAGACGUACGGCAUGAAGCACCUCAAACACAUCUUCUGAGGCCUCAGCGUUUACGCCGCUGGAUAUCUGAGGACACGAAGAAGCUGAUUGUGAGCUUUUACCGAAGGGAUAUUGGAGGGAAGGUGCAGUUUGUGACAGGCUUAUUUUUUCCUGGAAAUGGAAUGAAGAUGUAUGACACCACAGCCGCUCAGCCAGAAACUGUGAUGCAAUUGGUGCCUUUUUUUAAUGUCUUUUGGAUGAUUGUUUUUACCGGUGAAAUGAAAAAGUAAUACCAUUUUUUCCUUACCGCUACCAGUUUUAAUACCAAGACUUGGGUAGCAUCUGAAAUCACACAUGUGAACACACACAUGUACACAUUACCUGUGGAUAAAACAGUUGCUGACAUUUUUCCAGCUUUGACUAACUAGCUUUGACGUAAGAUGAUAAGCUGAAACCAGAUACAUUUUAGGGCGGGUUGAUAAAUGAUGAUACAGGACCAGUGCAUUGACUGAUGUUCUCAGUGAUACCACAUAUUUGGUUGUAUCCGAGGUUGUAGUAAUACUAGUGUUGGUACUUUAAUGACAGGUCAAAAGGGACAAAUGCUUGAGCCCAAAUACUACAUGAGCCUUUGAAGAGCUGUAAAGCCAUCUUAAACUGUUUAUAUGUUUCUUUUAUUGAAUUUAUGUAAAGAUGAUGCAUGUAUUUGGAGCCAGAGUCUGCUGGGUGUUGACUUCCGUCUCUCCCGGUAACAAAAACAUUUAACUUACCAAUAAAACAGCAACGGCCUCUUAGGUCGGUACAGUUUAAAGAAAAACAGAUUCAUGUUUCAGUUUGAGACACACUCUUGAGAUUAUAGAAAGUCCAGUGAGUCUCCUAUAAGUGUUUGUUACGUUGCCUCUUGACCCUCGCUCUCCACUGUGCUUGUUCAAUCGGUGAUAAACAAACAUUCUUAGUGCUGGUUUGAUUAAAAAAACACUUCAGUUUAAGACAAGUGCGGAGGGGGUGACUCAGCAAAUCGGUUGCAGUCAGUGGAUCUGUCCUUACUGUACAACUAUCAAUGCUAGUGUAGGCUAGAAACUGCAUUACUUUACAUAACGGAAGUCUUGAUACAGGGACAUAGUUUAAACCUUUUUCUUUCUGGAAGAGCCCCCCCCCCCCACCCCCGAAAACUGACUGUCUUAUAUACCGAUGCCACCUAUAUUCACAAGUUCGAGAUAAUUUUUUUUAAAUGUAAUUAUUAUUAUUUUAUAGUUUCAUCCAUAUCCCAUCGGUCAACAUAGAGCAGGCAGGCUUGAUGCCUCUUACAGCAGCUGUUCAAAGGGGAUAUCAAAGUGUUUUGGCUUCACUUUUGAGUAGCAGUCAUGUCACCCGUCUCUUUAUACAGUCUGGUUACUUUUCAACAAGAACUUCUUCGUUUAUUUAUUUCUCGUGUGUCUAAAGUUCUGUUUAGUUGAGCCAUUCCAUAAUUGCAUUGAUUUGGCUAAAAAUGCACUGAACUGAGUCCCCAGAUAAGACUUUAAUUUAUUUUCCCAGACAGCUCUGCUCUGAAUACUUCAGCAGCAGUUUUUGUUUAAGAGCUCAUCAGAAAAACGUCCGCCUGGUCAGAGGAAGAAAAUGUGGGACGAGGGCAGGCUGAUUGGCCGUGAGAGAACUGAGGAGAGAUUACUGUUUAAUGUCUCUCCUGUCCAUAUACAUUACACCCCUUGACCGUCACAUCCCGCUUGUGAGGGAUAACAAUCACACAUAAUCCCAUCUCGCCGUGAUGGACCCAUCCACUUUCCCAUUCUCUAAAUUGCCCUCCCUGUGGAAACAUCCAUUAGCUCCCCAGCCAUGUACUCGGCUGAUUGUAUUCCGGGUGAUGGACAGCUAUUUCCCGGGCCGUUUCCACGUCUCGCGCUACAGCAGCGAUAAGUGAGUGAUAACCCAGUAAGCUGCCGGUCGUCCCAAAUGAAUCUUCUCUUUGCCUGGACGUGUUUUUCCUCUUUUUAUUUUCUUCCCACUCUCCCCCUCUCUGUGUUACCACUCUGCAUUAGGCUCAUUGUUGACUGAUGCUCGGAGCAUAUGGAUUGAACCUGUGGUAGUUUAUCUUUGCUCCGUGGCAUCAGGAACGCCCACCAGGUGUCCGCUGCCACUCUCCCUCGCACAAGGCUGUUGUGGAAAAUAGAUGAAGUUGGAAAUUGAACUGUAUUUAUGUGAAGGCAGCUGCUGCGUCAGCCACCACGUACCUUUACUUUUAAAUUAUUUAUGCAAGCUUUAUUUCUUCUUCCCUGUUUCUAUUUCCCAUAAUCUCAUAUCCCCUCUCAGAGAGAGAGAGAGCUCAUUUUAUAUCAAUUGUUCAGACUGAUACCCUGAUUAAAGUCGAAACACUGAAUAAAAGGAUUGUAUUUGCGUCUCUAA